CCGGUCCAGCGGUCCAGUGCUCUGCUCAGUCCGUCGGUCAUGUUCGGAACAAGAAAGACCUGGGACCUCGGCCACGCCCCCUGCCUGCAGGAGCUCUGGAAGAAAGACAUCUCAUUGGACGCGAGCUCACUGGACUUCCUGAUGAGUGAUGGUGAAGACGACAGCUCCUUCCUAUCUCUGCCCAACGCCGCCUUCUCACAGCGCCCCUCUCUGACCGCAGAGCUGACCGAAACAAGCGCACCCAGCCAGCAGCUGCUCAUCCAGACUCUACAGGACAAAGUGUGUGAGUUUCAGUCUCGUCUUCGCUCUGAAGAAGUCACUCGUCACUUGCUUGUCCAGCAGCUGCAGCAGCAGAGCGUCCACGAGAAGUCGUGUGGAGGAGGUGGGAGUGACGGAGGUGUCCAGACGCCGCAGGAGGAGCGUCUGUCAGGGCCGCCAAACGGUGGACAACCUUCAGAUUAUUUCAGCUGUCCAGAAGAAGAGCAGCUCGUUAGACGGCUGCAAACACAGGUGGAGGAGCUGGAGAAGAAGCUGUUGGAUCAGACUCAGGAGGUGGAGAGACUUCGCUCUGAACUGGGGGCGACAGACCUGGAGAAGCAGCUGGAGCUGCUGGAGGUGGAGAACGAGCGUCUGAAGCAGGAGCUGAAGUCAUGGAGGAGCUCAGAGCUUCAGAAACUCGGAGCUGCAGCAGAGACGUGCAGCUGCAGCCACUGCCCCCACAGCCAGGACGCAGACUCCCUGCGGAGGGAGGUGUCUCGCUGGGAGAACCAGGCCCGGCAGAGGGAGCGUCGUCUGGCUGAGCUGGAGCGAGAGCUGCUGGAGAAGAGCUCCAGGGUGGAGGCUCUCCACCGACAGCUGGAUGAUUCCACCCGGCAGCUGGAGGAGUCGAGGCAGCGGCAGGAAGAGGCUGAGCAGAAACUCGCUCUGCGACUGCACGAGUGCGAGCAGGAGAUGGCCAGACAGGCUGCAGCGCCCUCUAGAGUCAAGUACGUGACUCAGAAGGUGGAGGUGGAGUCGGCCGACUCGCAGAAAGCUCUGGCUGAGAUGCAGACGAAGAACGCCGCCCUGCAGGAGCAGCUUUGUCUCCAGAGGCAACUGCUGAGGGAGCUGGAGACGCAGCUGCACGAGUCGCAGAGGACCUGCGCUCAGCUCCGGACACAGAUCCUGGUGUACGAGGGAGAGAUGGAGCGAGCGCAGGGUCAGCUGGAGGUGGAGAUGCAGAACCUGGAGGAGGAGAAGAACCGAGUGAUCGAGGAGGCGUUCAUCAGAGCUGAGAGCGAGAUGAAGGCCGUGCACGAGAACCUGGCAGGAGUGCGUAUGAACCUGCUCAGUCUGCAGCCGGCUCUCAGGACUCUCACCUGCGACUACAACUGUCUGAAGCGGCAGGUGCAGGAGUUUCCCUUCAUGCUGGAUAAAGCCAUCACGGAGGCGAAGCAGGAGAUCUGUCAGGUGAUCAGUGAGGUGAGCAGCACAAACCAGGACCUGCUGCGUAAAUACAAGAGGGAGAUGAACCUGAGGAAGAAAUGUCACAACGAGCUGGUUCGACUCAAAGGUAACAUCCGCGUUUUCUGCCGCGUCCGACCGGUCAGUCAGGAGGAGCAGGACGCCGCCGACGCCAAAACCAUGCUGAGCUUCGACUCGGAUGACGACGCCGUCCUCUACCUCUCCAGCAAGGGCAAGAUCAUGACCUUUGAACUGGACAAGGUUUUCCCUCCUCGGGCCACGCAGGCGGAGGUGUUUCAGGAAGUGCAGUCUCUGGUCACUUCCUGUAUCGACGGCUUUAACGUCUGCAUCUUCGCCUACGGACAGACCGGCUCUGGGAAAACCUACACCAUGGAGGGCGUGGUGGACGACCCCGGCAUCAACCAGCGGGCGCUGCGUCUGCUCUUCUCCGAGGUGACGGAGAAAGCUCCAGACUGGGACUACAAGAUCAGCGUCAGCAUGGUGGAGAUCUACAACGAGUCGCUGCGGUGAGAAGACAGCUGAUCUCCAGUCGAAGUUUAGAUCUGAAGACCUGAUGUGAAAUAUUUCACAGAAGUCUCUCGACAACUGUGAUAAAUUGAGAUUCAUGUUCCCCUGAGGAUGAACCGUAAUAA